CCCGCAAAGAGCCCCGAAAGCCAACAACAUCAAGCUGAAUGUCAACGACCGACGGAUACCUGUCAUAUUCACCAACCACACUCUUUCCUUUCGACACCUAACGGCCUAGUUUUACGAUUCUAGCUACCGACCGCGAUACCUGGAAUACCCUACACCUUUGACAGGAGUUUCCUUUACUCAUUUUCCCACAGCGGCACUCAACCAUGUCGCAAUACUACGGCGCACCGCCAAACCAGGGCUACGGCCCCUCUGGCGCGCAAAACCUCCAGUUCUACCCCUCCAGCUAUACACAACCCGUGUCCGGCCAUGCGACGCCUUCACAAGCAUCAUUCGGCUACGGAGGUCCCUCAUCUGGAGGCUACGGCGUGUCGAGCGGCUUCAGUGCCGGCUUUGGCGGCGGGCCCGGCGUGUCAGGGCGCAUGGGCGAGCAGGGCGGUCUGCGGACAGGGUGGCUAGCUGCCUUCUCGACCGAGGGCUAUGACGGCGAGCCGCCGCUUCAAGAAGAGCUGGGCGUGAACUUUGGCCACAUCAAAACAAAGACCCUCGCCGUGCUCAACCCCUUCAGCCGAAUCGACCAGCACCUGAUGGACGACAGCGACCUCGCCGGACCGCUCCUCUUCUUCCUCCUCUACGGCACCUUCCUCCUUCUCUCGGGCCGCGUACAUUUCGGCUUCAUCUACGGGCUCGCCGUGUUCGGCUCGGCGAGCCUGCACGUCAUCCUCUCACUGAUGGCCCCGUCACCGUCAGACCCAUCAGCCCCUUCUUCGUACCAUCCAGGGGUAGGCCCGGCCUACCCCACCGCCGAGGCGGCUUCAGUCAACGCCAUCUCCUCCUCCGCCGCCGGCUCCUCCCCGCCCGGAAGCAGCAACCUCACUUUUGCCCGGUCCGCCUCGGUGCUCGGGUACUGCCUGCUCCCGCUGGUCAUGACCAGCCUGGUGGGGAUUGUCAUGCCCAUGGACACGCCGCUGGGGAUUGUGUUGACCACGGCGGCCAUCAUGUGGUGCACGUGGAGCGCGAGCGGCAUCUUUUGCGCCGUGGGCUGCAUGAAGGCCAUGAGGGGUCUGGUGGCGUACCCGUUGGCGCUGUUCUACGUCGGCUUUGGCAUCAUGGGCGUCUUCAGCAGCCGCGGGAGCGGGUCGGUUCCGACUGCUCCAUAACAUAAUCAUGUCCUUGGUGCCUGAGAAUCUUGGAACGGUGUAUGUGAUUGGCGUAGGGAUUGGUCAAUUCCGGCUUGGUUGUUUGGUAUUGUAAAAAUGGGCAUGCAUGAAAAAUCUUGGUAGGAUCGCCGCGAUUCUACUGAGCGGAGGACGACCCGGAGUUCAAAUGCUGUACAACAGAACAAUACCGUGGCUUAAUUAGACAAUGACGAGAUGAUUAAAAAGAGACAUCCUAAUGCGAACCUGCGUCAACUUCCUACUACUGAUCUUGUCAUCAUCGCCUGGAUUCU